GGGGCGGUUCUGGCGGCCCGCUCGCGGCCUCCUUUGUGCGGGGCGGCCGGGACGAUGCUGUCGGGGGGGAAGAAGGCCGCGGAGGCGGCGGCGGGCGGCGAGGGCGGGCCUGAGGCGCCGGUGCCGCCGCCCGCCGCCGCGGGAGCCCUGGGCUCCUCCGCCGAGGGCAGCGGGUCCGCGGAGCGCACUCCCCGAAAGAAAGAGCCGCCGCGGGCCUCGCCCCCGGGCGGCCUGUCCGAGCCGCCGGGCCCCGGCGCCGCCCCUACGCCCGGCGUCGAGACCACGGGCAUCGCCGAGACCCCUGAGGGUCGCAGGACCAGCCGCCGCAAGCGGGCCAAAGUGGAGUAUAGAGAGAUGGAUGAGAGUCUUGCAAACCUGUCAGAAGAUGAGUAUUACUCUGAAGAAGAGAGAAAUGCUAAAGCUGAGAAAGAGAAAAAACUACCACCACCACCUCCACCAGCUCCUGCAGAAGAAGAGAAUGAAAGCGAGCCAGAGGAGCCAUCUGGGCAAGCAGGAGGACUUCAAGACGACAGUUCUGGAGGGUAUGGAGACGGCCAAGCAUCAGGUGUGGAGGGUGCAGCUUUCCAGAGUAGACUUCCACAUGACCGUAUGACAUCUCAAGAAGCUGCCUGCUUCCCUGAUAUAAUCAGUGGGCCACAGCAGACUCAGAAGGUGUUUCUGUACAUCAGGAACCGCACCCUGCAGCUCUGGUUGGAUAAUCCAAAGAUUCAGUUGACAUUUGAAGCAACUAUCCAACAAUUGGAAGCACCUUAUAAUAGUGAUACGGUGCUCGUUCACAGGGUACACAGCUAUCUGGAGCGGCACGGUCUAAUCAACUUUGGUAUCUACAAGAGAGUGAAGCCCCUUCCAACCAAGAAGACCGGAAAGGUGAUCAUUAUUGGUUCCGGAGUCUCUGGAUUGGCAGCAGCUCGCCAAUUGCAGAGUUUUGGAAUGGAUGUUACAGUUCUGGAAGCCAGGGACCGAGUAGGAGGAAGAGUUGCUACCUUUCGCAAAGGGAACUAUGUUGCUGAUCUAGGAGCAAUGGUGGUAACAGGACUUGGAGGAAAUCCAAUGGCUGUGGUCAGCAAACAAGUGAAUAUGGAAUUGGCUAAGAUCAAACAAAAAUGCCCGCUUUAUGAAGCAAACGGACAAGCUGUUCCAAAAGAGAAAGAUGAAAUGGUGGAGCAAGAAUUUAACCGUCUGCUGGAAGCCACCUCCUAUCUCAGUCAUCAGCUGGAUUUUAAUGUUCUCAAUAACAAGCCUGUCUCCCUAGGUCAGGCUCUGGAGGUUGUCAUACAAUUGCAGGAGAAGCAUGUGAAGGAUGAGCAGAUCGAGCACUGGAAAAAAAUUGUGAAAACACAGGAGGAGUUGAAAGAUCUUCUUAACAAGAUGGUGAAUUUAAAAGAGAAGAUUAAAGAACUUCAUCAACAGUAUAAGGAAGCAUCAGAAGUGAAGCCACCUCGGGAUAUUACAGCGGAGUUUCUUGUGAAAAGCAAACACAGAGAUCUGACUGCGCUUUGCAAGGAGUAUGAUGAAUUGGCAGAAACACAAGGAAAGCUGGAAGAGAAGUUACAAGAACUUGAAGCCAAUCCACCAAGCGAUGUUUAUCUGUCAUCAAGAGACAGGCAGAUACUCGACUGGCAUUUUGCAAACCUAGAAUUUGCUAAUGCUACACCCCUGUCUACACUUUCGUUGAAGCACUGGGACCAGGAUGAUGACUUUGAAUUCACAGGCAGUCACUUGACUGUGAGGAAUGGAUAUUCCUGUGUGCCUGUAGCUUUGGCAGAAGGGUUGGAUAUUAAAUUAAACACAGCAGUUCGACAGGUUCGCUAUACAGCAUCAGGCUGUGAAGUGAUAGCUGUAAAUACCCGAUCUACUAGCCAGACUUUCAUUUACAAGUGUGAUGCUGUGCUGUGUACUCUUCCCUUGGGAGUGUUGAAACAGCAGCCUCCAGCAGUACAGUUCGUGCCCCCUCUGCCCGAGUGGAAAACUUCUGCAGUGCAGCGUAUGGGUUUCGGCAACCUUAACAAGGUUGUUUUGUGUUUUGAUCGUGUCUUCUGGGAUCCAAGUGUCAAUUUGUUUGGUCAUGUUGGUAGCACUACUGCAAGCAGAGGAGAACUCUUUCUCUUUUGGAACCUGUACAAAGCACCGAUUUUGUUGGCCUUGGUAGCAGGCGAAGCAGCAGGGAUCAUGGAAAAUAUCAGUGAUGAUGUCAUCGUUGGACGGUGCCUUGCCAUCCUCAAAGGCAUAUUUGGUAGCAGUGCUGUGCCACAGCCUAAAGAGACGGUGGUGUCGCGCUGGCGUGCUGACCCGUGGGCCCGGGGAUCGUACUCCUAUGUAGCAGCUGGAUCUUCUGGAAAUGACUAUGAUUUGAUGGCUCAGCCCAUCACUCCAGGGCCAGCCAUUCCAGGUGCUCCUCAGCCUAUUCCUCGCCUGUUCUUUGCGGGAGAACAUACAAUUCGCAACUACCCUGCAACUGUUCAUGGUGCUUUACUGAGUGGACUGAGAGAAGCCGGUCGCAUUGCAGACCAAUUUCUUGGGGCCAUGUAUACUUUGCCUCGCCAGCCUACGCCUGGGGUCCCUCCACAACAGGCUACCAGCAUGUAAGAAAAGUAGAAGGAACCAGAAGAGGAGUGGCAAGACCACAGUGCUACCGUUGUCAACUCCCUGGGACAAAGAUACUCACGUAGUCUGUAACGGCAUGUGCUGGAAGGACCCAGCCAUGAGUUACUGUAUCACACUUCUGUUUGAACGCCCUUACCAAAACCUACCUAACCUUUGGCUUGGCCCUUUUACAAAAUCUCUUACAGCAGUCUGAAGCGUUGGUGUACACAGAAUCCUUUACUACCAGGCUGGUCAGGGACUUCUCUGACUCUGCAGAUACUUUUUGAAAGUCAAGCUUAUAGCUGGAGGUUUUUUAUGGUUUUUUUUUUCUACCUGUAUGUGUAUUUACAACUUGGUAAUCGCACAAGGCCCUCUAGAAGCUGGUUGCUACGAGUAGUAGCUUAGUGUAGAAUUUAUGUAAACUUCUUUGUUGGGGCUUUUUAUUGUAUUGUUUUGAAGAAUAGUAUUUUUUGACUAAUUCUAUUCUUAUCUGGCAUUCUCAAAUGUGGUGCAACUGUUUCCCUGCCAGUAACAGCAAAUCACACCCUGACAAAAUGGUCCGUUGGCUGCUACACCAUAUGCAUCCCGCUUUAGAAAGAAAGCUGGUAUUACUGAGUGUGCGCUAAGCAUACUAUUCUAUUAAAUACUUUCAACAAAAGAAAAAACUGGAUAUUUUUAAGUUAAAAACUAGAAAAAUCAUUCCUAUUUGUUUAUGUAGAAGCAGAGUUGCCUAGGCAGUAAGUUAGCUGAGGGACCUAAUCUCUUGAGUUCUGCAUGCUGCAGGUAGACACUCUGUAUACCUGUUGAUUUCUGCUAGUGUGAUGAGGUCAUGUUGCAGCUGCCAUUGUUCUGCUUCUGAAAACCACUUCGAUUUGGCUGCCUUUCGAAAUAUUUUCAUUCUUACUAAUCCAGCACAUAGAGCCUUCCUUUUGUUGCACAGAGCAGUCUUAUUUAAACAUUUAGGUCCUCUUUCCCUGUCCCCCUUUCCCCAUUUAGCAUUAGACUUUUAUUUCUUCCAACUUCCCUCAUCCUCCUCUUUCUACAGCUUAUUUCUAUCUCAUCUAGCCAUGGUCUCUCUUCACACUGUUUGGUUUUGGUGUUUGGUGUGGGUUUUUUUGGUUUUGUUUUGUUUUUAGUUUUUCUAUUCUCACUUUCUCUGACCCAGUGUCUGUACGUGUGCAGUCCGUCCCAACUGCCUUCUGUCCUUGCACCUUCUGUUUCACUAGAGGACCGGUACCUCCUCUUCUUCCAUGCUCAUCUCUCCACAAUUACAUUGCCCACACUUCUUCCUGAAGAAAAUACAUAGCAAACACGCUUGCAGCCCCUGCUUGUUUACACAGCUGUAUUGUCUUUGGCCACAGACUCUCCAUCUUCUAGCAUCGUUGCUUCUACUAUUGUGUCUCCUUAGUAGCUGGAGAUUGUUCUUCCUCCUGACUAUGUCUGUUACUUUCUGGUUGCUUUCUCACUAGAUGGUGAAGUCUCUGAGGGCGUAUCUCCAUAGGCAGACCUUCUGAGAAGCUGUGGGAAAGGAGAGGACUCUUGACAUGGUGGGGUAGCACUCUGAGGCGGCACAGCCUUGAGGCGUCAAGGACUAAGGCCAUCUGAAGUGGCUGGACUUGGUGCCGUGGGGGACCCUCUUUCCCAAGCUUCAGUCUAAAUUAGUGCUACCUUUCCUGUAUCUCUAACUUUGCUACUUGAGCUCUUUAUUGAAAGGGGUACUCCUCAGCAACGCUACUCAUCCUCGUCCCUUCCAGGGGACAAGACAGACUUUAUGAUGGUUGGUCAGAAAACUGCCAUUGCAGUGGGGCAGGAAUUGGAAGUCCAGCAGGACAUGGAGGAGGGGUGUCCAGGGGGUGACUGAGAGUAAUUUGAGACUCAGGAUUUCCAGCCUUAUGUUCAGUGAAGCCUAUCAGCACCACUACCUGGAGAAAUCCUGUUCCAGGAUGAGACGUGUGACAGGCCAACAGCUGACCUAGUCUCUUGGCUAGUCUGGCUGAAGAUGGGAAGAGGAUCCAAGAAUUGGGGUGCUAUGUUCUGAAACAAGGCUUCCAGCCUCUGUGGGUCUCUGUAUUUGUGGGGUGGAUUGUUGUUGGGAUUAGUGAUGGUGCUGUCUCUUGCCAUGAGGACUGUCAUCCCACUUGUUCUAGCGAAGUGUCAAAAAGUCAGAAAAGCACUUCUGGCCCACUGGGAAAUAAAAUAGCCCUCAACUUAACGUGGCCAAGUGGUGUCUUUUCCAGACAAGUAACAAGCCGCUUCUGCAUCAGCCUAUUAAUGUUAUUUUCUGCUGCCUUGUUCUGCUUUGUUUGUUACUUAGCAGAUUAUUCAGCAGGCUAAUUCUGCCAAACAGCACACAGUAAUUUGUUUAAGCCAUUCAAAUAUAACCAAACUUCCUCUUGCACUUUGCCAUCAAUUUGACUGAGUGGGGCUAAUCUUUCACCUGAUGCCCAGUCUGUCCUGUUUUCUGUUUUCAAAAAGGCAUCUGAAAACUAUGGUGACUGACUGAAAUAAGAAGGUGGAGGUGAUGGUUCCCACCCAUUUUGAAGGCAUGCAAGGAAUUGGUGGGUGUUAGCUGAUGGUGGUGAUGGGCAUGGGCAAUGGAGCUGGAAUGCCAGGAGGAGAGGACAAGGCCCUGUGACUUGAUGUAGCCUGUUCGUAGCUUUCAGAGUCUUCAUUGGAAGAUGAAGACCAUGAUCUGUGGCCUGCUGCACCCUCCCCUCUCCAUUAUCUCUGGGGGCUCCGGACCUAUUCCUCAGCCAGUCCCUGCUAAUAAACCUUAGUGGGUAUUAGAGAGUGAACAGCUCAGAGUACUUUCAGCUCUUGGGGGUGUCUGAGGCUCAGCAAAGACACAGAUAAGGCUGUGCAGCAAGUGCUGGACACCCCAGAGCUGCUGUGCUGCAGUUCCUGCCCUCCAUGGCCCAGUUUUUUGUGGUCUGUGGCAUUGGCUGCACCCUGAGCAGUGGGGAGCAGUGGUUGGGUGAAGGUCCCUUGUUCUGGUUGUAUCCUGUGGAGUUGCUGGGAUGGAGGGGGGAGCUUGGGGGAAAGCACUAUCACCCCAAGGGCAGCUGGAGCAUGCAGACCUGGAAAAGAUGGCCUGAGCACAUGGUGAUGAGCCAGUGUAGUGUUGGGGCUCAGCUCUGCCAGGCCACAUCAUGAAACUUCCAUUGUUUGUCCAGGAGCAGGGCGGUCUCAUGCUCUUUGCAGUACCAUCAGUGUGUGAUAUUCCUCGAGCAGGUACUCUCCCAGCAGUUAGCAGCUCUUUCUCCGCUGCUUCUGUGGUCCCAGGGGUGCCUCCUGCUGUGCCUGAAGUCACAGAAUCACAGAAUCGUGACUCCGAGUCCAGACUAUCAAUGUAUGUGAUUUAGAGCAUAGUGUUCUCUGCUCCCUGUCAGGGUCUGUUAGAUGGACCUUUGGUCUUGACCCAUAAUGGCUGGUCCUAUUUAAGUGCUGCCUGUGUAGCCUUCCUACCACUGCAACCUAUGGAGGAGGAGAUGGCAUUGCAACUAAAUGGGUCACCAGGCCCUCUUCAUCUCACCAUCCUUCCUCGCAGUGCAGCUGUUCUGUCCUUGCUGCUGUUAGCUUGCCCUGACUUACUGUGGGGAUUGCCCAUAGGUUUCAGCAGAUCAUGGAUGACCUUCAUCUCAGGUUUGAGGCUGCCGGGUGCAGUCGCAAAACCUUGCAGUCAAGUCUGGUUGCACCCGCUGUAGCACACCUUUCCACCUGUUCUCAGGGACUUGCCAUUUCUCACUCUACUCCAUGGGUAGGUGAAUUGCAUUUGUGACAACAAAACUGGUGCUCGUUUUGGAAAGAAAAACAUUCUUCCCUAGUCGGUCCUCCUGUUCUGAAUGAAGGACUGCAGUAACCUGCCAUGGAUGCAUUCGCUGAGUCAGACUGUGAUUUUGGAUGGGGUGAAUCUGCAGGAAGGUUGGUAUUUCUCGGUUCUCCACAUGCCUGUGGUUUUGUCAGGUGCUAGCAUCUACUCUGCAAUAAACUGCUGGUAGCUCAGGGUCUUUGUGUUCAAUCUCUGUAAGGAAUUGAGAAUACUUGCUAUGGUCUUGCCUGUAGUGGAAAUUAAUAGCAAAGCAUGGGUUCUCCCUGUUCUGUUACCUUAGUAAUUGACUGGAUCAUAAACAUAGAGGACCAACUUCACUGGGGUGCUUCAAUUUCUGCUUUUAUUAUGAAUAUUCUCACCUGACUAGGUCUCCUGCUAUAUUUCUAAAAAAGUUCCACUGAGAGUACUAUGGUCAACACAGUGCUCAGAGUCGGUCCUGUGGUAAUGAACGCUGGAGCCACUUUAAACCAUGAAGUGGCUCCAUAAAGCGACGUGACUAAAAUUCAUUUUUUUGUGUGCUUCAGGUGCUUUUUAAAGGUGGUGCUAAUUCCAUGAGUUGCUUGUCCCAAAAAUGUUUACCAAAAGAGAAUUAGAUGCCAUGUUUUCAUGUUUGUUUUCCAGUUUGCUGCUUUUACCAAUGAUUGUUUUGCAAUUUCCAAUGUGUCUGAUUUCUGAAGGUGCAAUUUUUUGUUUAUUUGGAAGGAAUAUUGAAACUUACAGAAAAUGCCUACACUGACAUUCUUCUCCAAAGCACACAGGUAUUACAGAACUACUGGCAUGCUGCCAGACCUUACGCUCUGGGUGUUACCAGAAUUGGCUGGAUAAAUACCCAAAAAACCCACAAGAAGUCACCUCUAGAAGGUCAGUGGAGAGUGAAAGCAUCCCUUUAAUUACAUGUGGUAUCAGUCAUGGAACGUGUCUUAUGUAAAGAACAUAUUGUCUUAAAAUUAGUUUUUUGCAGGUUUGCCAAUUUGUCUGCUAAAAGAUGUUGCUUCUCUACAGAGUCCGUUGGCUUCUGUUUGGAAAGCUCCUGCAGGGCUUGUGGCGUCUGUCCAUUACUUCCAGGUGCUAAUAGGCAUCAAGUCAAUGUGGUGUUUAGAAAGUCCCUGGAAAACAUCAGUCACAAAGGCUGAGAAAUGCAAUAAAAUAUCCAACACAAAGGAA